AUGGUGACAACCGAGCACCAGAAAUUUGACUCGGGACUGCCAUCAGUCCGCACGACUGACCUAGGUGGCAGUUUGGGUGCUGGUUUUGCCAUGUCCGGAUAUUUGGCUAGCGAUAAAAAAGUUUACGGGUUGCAAGAUGGCGAAUUGAUCCCGUCAACGCGCCACCCCAAAUUCCCUGAAGACUCGCUGAGCGAUCCACCGCCUCCUCCAUUGGCUCUGUUCCUGGCAUAA